AUGAGAUCAAGUUGCUCUAGCUUGAGUUUUGGACAUGUCAUGGCCGCACCUGACCUUCUUGACCCAAAGUCUGCUGCCCACAACUCCAAACCUCGCCUGUCAUUCUCGGUCAAACCGGUGGUGCUCAAUGUUCCAGAGGAAGAGUGCGACACCCGGACUACCGUCAUGAGGUGGAAAACUGUGUCGGCCAUCUUCUUCUUGGUGGUGCUUUACCUCAUUAUAGGGGCGACGGUGUUUAAAGCGCUGGAGCAGCCUCACGAGAGCUCCCAGAAGCUGGCCAUUCUCGCAGAAAAACUGGACUUCUUGGCCAUGCACGCCUGCGUCAACUCCUCUGAGCUGGAGGAUUUGGUCAAGCAAGUGGUUUCAGCAGUCCGAGCAGGUGUGAACCCUUCAGGAAAUGCAUCCAAUCAGACGAGCCUCUGGGACAUCAGUUCCUCCUUUUUCUUUGCUGGGACUGUUAUCACCACCAUUGGAUUUGGGAACAUCUCUCCCCACACAGAAGGUGGGCGGAUCUUCUGUAUAAUUUACGCUCUGCUUGGGAUUCCCCUGUUUGGAUUUUUACUGGCUGGCGUCGGGGACCAGUUGGGGACCAUUUUCGGGAAAGGCAUCGCCAGAGUAGAGAGGAUGAUUGUGAAGUGGCAAGUCAGCCAGACGAAGAUUCGUGUCAUCUCCACACUGAUCUUCAUCCUCUUUGGAUGCCUCAUCUUUGUGGCCCUGCCAGUCGUCAUUUUCAAGCACAUUGAGGGCUGGAGCACGCUCGAGUCCAUCUACUUUGUCGUCAUCACCCUCACCACAAUCGGAUUUGGAGACUUUGUUGCUGGUGGGUCAGAUAAUCCAGACUUUCUGAACUACUACAAGCCUGUGGUGUGGUUCUGGAUCCUGGUGGGCCUGGCGUACUUCGCUGCUGUGCUCAGUAUGAUUGGAGACUGGUUCCGGGUCAUCUCCAAGAAAACUAAAGAGGAGGUUGGGGAGUUUCGGGCUCAUGCAGCCGAGUGGACAGCAAACGUGUCAGCGGAGUUCAAAGAGACCCGAAGGCGACUGAGCGUUGACAUUUAUGACAAGUUCCAACGUGCUGCAUCCAUCAAGCGUAAGCUGUCAUCCGAGCUGGGUAUCAACACGUCCAUCAACCAGGAAAUGACUCCUGGCAAGAGAACGCUGUCCGCCAACCUGUGUGAUGACCGAGAGGCCUACCCCAACCUGACUCUCUCCCUCAGCCCUGUCACGGGGUCGCUUGCCAGGAACGGCAGCCUCUAUCUGAACGGCCUCAGCCCGGACUACGCUGACCGGCGGGAGAUCGCCAUCAUCGAAAAUCUAAAAUAAG